AUGGCUGUUCCUAAUACCUAUGGGGUGAUUUUUGCCUGUACCUGUGGAGUGAUCCUGGGCAUUGGGCUCUGUGCAAACCUGCUGGUCUUCUCCUUGUUUGCUAAGUACAACACACUGCGUAAAAACCGUCUGGAUAUCCUCCUCCUCAGCAUGACUCUAGCUGACUUCCUAACCCUUCUACUCAUCCCCUUCACCUUGCACUCUGCUGUAAGCCACUCCUGGCCUUUAGGAGACACUUCCUGCAAGGUUUACCAGUUCCUGCUUGCAUUCAGCCUGGCAGCUAGCACCUACUCGCUGUGUGCCGUGUCCAUGACCCGUGCCAUGAUCAUCACCAAUCCAUACCAGCCACCCACAAUGGAUCUUGUCAUUCUCAUGUUUGUAUUGGUCUGGGCCCUAAGCUUCUUUAUCAGCCUGCCCCUGCGAAUGUUUGCUACCAAGGAACAUCUGAACCCAAACCUGGCAAACGUCACCUUCUGCCUUCCAACCAUUCAUGAGCACCAUUACCAAGUAGUCCUAAGCCAAUUUGUACUUUUCUACUUUAUUCCAAUGCUGGUCAUUGCCUUCAACUAUGUCCGCCUGGCUCUUUUUCUUCACAAGAGCCCUGUAAUGUCAGUGUCAAGUGCCAGGAACACCCGCAGAGCCUCAGUCAUGGUGUUCUUGGCUGCUGCUACCUUUUCAAUGUGUUGGCUGCCUGGCUAUGUGCUAGAGCUGUGCGUGUACCUGGGCCUGUAUCGUCACGGAGAAGCUUGGGAUCUGUUCUACUUUAUUUGCACUGUGCUCCAGUACCUGCAUCCCAGCAUCAACCCAGUGCUCUAUGUGCUGCUGUCUAAGCGCUAUCGCCACAGGAGGGCAGCCUGGCUCUUCAGCUGUAACAGGAACAGAGUGCAACCGCAGGUCAACAGCAUCACCACAGACAGCUUUUAA